AUGGGCAACAAACGAAAUACAAAACGUUCUUACAGACGUCGGAAGCUUGUAAAAAAUUUACGUUCAAAAUCCAAAUCAUCAAUAUCAACAGCACCAUCACCAUUAUCACCAACUACUAAUAAACAUUUCAGUCCUCAAAUACCAGGUUCAAAACGUUAUGAUAUUAAUGUGAGAGCUCAACUUGCUGGUCAUUUAACUGUAAUUCAAUCAUUUACAAGAGAAUCUAUGUCAACAGCAAUUCGAGAAGCUACUGAUGCUGACAAAAGUAAUGAUAUUACAGUUACUGGCGACGGUACGUGA